AUGCACUCUUCUUUCCACCUCACUCUCUUCACCUUCUUCGCACUCUUUCUAUCUCUCACUCCGCUGGCAUAUUCUGACAAAUACGUCAUAACCUCUCCGACGACAACGACAGAUUGGGUUGUUGGAACCACUGUUCAAAUCCAAUGGAACUUUAAUUCCACCGACCCUAAUGACAACAAUCGUACUUUAAAGUUGGAGCUACACCAGAAAACCGGGGCAUUGACGGACAAGUUAAUGGCUACGAUUUCCACUAGUGUGAAGACGGUGGACAAGAAUGUUAGUUGGAUUGUGACCAGUGGAUUGACAACUGCGAAUAAUUAUUACGUGCACUUGGAGAAAAAUCCCGAAAAUAUAGCAGAUUUGUUUCCCGAUAAGUCGGACAGUCCUGUAUUCCGGGUUCUUGAACAAAAUGCGACUACUACUGCAGCGACUCCAACUUCAACUCCGUCUUCGACCGGGCCUAGCUCAACUACUACAUUGCUCGUUGUGGCCACUGGAACACCAUCUUGUGAUCAUGUUGCUCAAGUUUGUAAUGAUUCAGGAAGAGCGUUUAUCAAUACCACUGAGAGAUGUGUGUGUGGUGUUCUCCUGCGCGGCGCCGGGUCAUCAUUGACCGCGGGAGUAACUGCAAUAAUGAUAAUAACCACGAUAACUAGUGCUAUUACCGCAUCUAUCUUCACGUGA